AUGGACGAAAUAAAUUAUCAAAGAAUUAAUACUAAAUUUCUGAAUAAUGUGAUUAAGAUGGAACCUAAUUUUGAUGAUAAAGAACAAGUAUUUGUUCAGAAUCAAGAGGUUGAUUUUAUUCCUUGUGUUUUAAAAUUUGAUGAUACAAAACUUGUGGAAAAUAUUGAGAAAAUUCCUUUCUCAGAUCAUAAUCAAAAUUGUUGUGAUCAAAUUAUCGAUGAUAGACCUGCAUUCGCUGAAUUGAUGAAAAAUAAUAGUGAACACGAAAAUUCAUAUAUUGAGGAGGACGAAGAUGAAUUAAAAUAUUUUAAUAAAGAUGUUUCGGAUUCGCAAAUGUGUUCUAUAAAAGAAGAAGGUUUUGAAGAAAGACAAGAUUCGGAUGAUGAAAUGACUGCUGAUGAUUAUAUAACCUUUUAUGGAGGACAAAGUACUUCAAGAUAUCACAACAUUCAUAACGAAGGAAAAUCAAUUUUGGGACAGAAAAGCGUAAAAAACCUAGCAGCUAAUUAUAAAUUGUUGCCAAGAGAUGAGGAUCAGGAAAAAUUUUUUAGUGAAGUAAUAUGUCUUACAGAUGAAGAGAGUUUUAUUGUGGACGAUGAAUAUCCAACUUCACAAAGACAAGGGUUUAAGAAAAUUAAAUCACAUAGUAAUUCACAAUCUACUCCAAUCUAUCAGCUCCAAACUGAAGACGAAUUCAUUAUGAUUGUAGAGCAAAAGCAGCAGGAAGAUGAUGAUGUUAUCUUCAUUAAUCCAACAACUGGCAAGGAGGAACCAUGGACUCCCAAUUCUAAAAAAGCAACUUCCAUAUUCUCUACAACUUCACCUGAAUCCCAUACUUUAACUGAAGUAGAGGAAAGUACCAACAAAAAUGUUUCAAACCAAACACGUAUUCCUUUGGCGAUAGCUCGUAACGUAACACCAUGGACUCCUGAGGAAGACAGAAAACUUAUUGAAGGGGUUUUGACUCAAUUAUCUCCAUCUUGGAUACAAAUUUCUAGAAAUUACGAACUUAAUCGUUCGGGUGAUUCAUGUCGUCAACGUUGGGCAAGAUUAAAGAAAAGAUUAUACGGAAGUGCUUAA